UAAGUUCUCUAGGUUAUUAUUCUUGGAUUAUUAUUCGUUUAUUAUUAUUACCAGUCCAUUAUUCAAUUAUUAUUUGUCGGAUCAUUGCUUAUUGUUCUCUUCGAUUAUUACUAAUUUAUUAUCAAAGUACUAUCCUCGAUUAUUGAAUCAUUUUUCUAAACCUUUUGUACUAAAAUUGUUACUUUAAAAUAAAUGAAGUGUUGUUAAACCAGCCUAAGUUAAUAAUCCCGGGUGUGUCUAACGGAAACGAUUGAAUUCCUCCAGUUUAUUCCAAAACGAAUUCUAAAUUAAGAUUUAAUUUAUUCGUUUAUACGCGAUCAAGUUAACGCGAUCAAGAAUAUCGUUCUCCGCGGCGCAAUCGACAAAUCUUAAUUUCAGUUUCCAUAGAUUCCAACCCAAAGGUGGAUUACCCGACAGGUUUUACCACUAAUCAACCCUCGUGAUCAGAGACACGAAAUCGGAAGUAAAUUGCAGUGCAGCCACUCAUUGAAGAAAAGGUAGGUGCCAUUUAACCGACUUGUCCACCCCGUUUGACAUACUGAUAGAGGUGCCAGUCCCGUGCUAUUGGACUACAUACAACAGAAUGUCAAGCGACCGAACGAAUCAAAACCAACCCAAGCUAGCCGAUAAAAUAGAAACGCGCAGCGACGCGGAAAUCGAGGAUAUUACUUUCAGACUCAGACAAAAGGAGCUAUUCCUACAAGAACGAGAACGGACUAUUCGUGAACGCGAAGAAAUAUUACGAUCGGACACAGCUAAACCCGACCUCGCUAAAUUAGAAACGAUGUUACGCGAAAUUGUUACGACGCGACACCAAACGGACGACGCGUUUUACGACUCGUUCGAAUCAUACAAUAUAUCCAUACGGGAAGCGAUCAACAUGGUGCCUCAGUACGAUGGUUACAAUAUCUCUAUCGGUACAUUCACGCGAGCAUGCAAACGAGCUCGCGAAUUAAUCCUUUUUAACGCGGAAGAAACGGCAACCCGGUUGAUCAUCAAGAAAUUACGCGGGCAAGUGUACUCGAUCGUAAAAGAUUACAAUAUAUACUCGAUUGAUAGGCUCUGCGAUAUAUUAUGGGAAAAUCUAUGUACGCAAUACAAAGUCGAGCUAAGUAGUAUCUAUAUGGAUCAAGAUGAACACAUUUUAGAAUUCAUAGAUAGAGUAAAAGAUCUUCGGCAAGUAAUCUGUAACGAAGAGCGAUACAAGUCGCACGAAUUGACGGAAGAAAAACGAAAAGAAAUCGAUGAGUUUAUAUUAAUUAGUUUCUGUCACGGCCUCCCGCUAGAAUACAGAUUAAAGAUAACUCCUGACACGUGUGAGGACCUUCUUGACGCCUUCGUCAAAGCACGCAAAUUCUACGCGGAGAUAGAAUUAGACAGACUUCGAUACCAAGAAUAUCAGCAACCGCAAGAUUUCCGGGACAGACCGACGACCUCUAACUGCGAUGAAACAGGAAUCAAAAAUAGAAACACGCGUGCGAUAAAUUCAAAUCCGGCACCGAAAUCGUGCACAUACUGCAACAAAUUAGGGCACAAUAAAGACGAAUGUUACAAGCGUAAACGGAAACAGCAAAUUCGAAGCGAAGAGAGUCUUCGCAGGGAUUAUCCUUUCCCUCUUCCCGCUCCUCCACAUCGAUUCCAGUCCAACUCACACGGUCCGAGAAAGGAAUGUAGAUAUUGCAAGAAUAUGGGUCAUACGAUAGAAGAGUGUAGAAAAAAAUUGUGGCAGGAUAAAAAUUCGGGAAACGCGAAUAUCCCUCCGAGGAAAGACGCGACUUCGGAGGCGAACCAACAACAGCGUCCAAUAGCAACAGACGUCCAGUCGACGUCCGUACAAUCCACCUAAAUAAACAUCCGAGCACUUCUUCGGUCGUUAUCGCUUCGAAGAACUUAAAGCAAGAAACAACAUUCUUAGUAGACACGGGUUUCGAACCCAACGUUCUUCAAAUCAAUAGGGCCGACGAUCAUUUGCCGUGCAACGAAAUAAACAGAAUUAAACUAAGCGGUAUCAUCAGAGAAACGAUAACGACUUAUAGUUCUUGUAUUAUCGACAUCUACGUAUAUCCCAUAGAAUUUCACGUAGUCCCGAACUCCUUCCCCAUCCCUCAUGGCGGUAUACUCUGAGCAGAUUUCUUCAGAGAUUUAGCAAAAAUUAAUUUCUUGGGGAAAAUGUAUCCCGGAAAAGAAUCAUAAUGCCAUUCGUAGUGUCGAGAGAAAAAGUUAUCGCAGGAAGAAGCUGCGAUCACAAAAAUAAAAAUAAUUAAUAACGAAGUCAAAACGGGUUACAUUCCUGUUCUAAACUUAGGCAACGGCAUCUACACCGGCGAAGCCAUCGUUAUUGAUUCGAACGGACAAGCGAAUGUUCAGUUAGUAAAAUUCGAAAUAGUUGGUGGCCGUCCCUAGGACAUGACGCACAUGUGGCCGAAAUCCAACGAAUUUUUCCCACUGCGAUCUCUUUAGCACAUGUUCGCCUAAAGGAUUGUAGUGGGGAUCUGAUACGCACUGAUACGCCGAAAUUACCUUCCCUAUAAUAAAUAAUAGAAGCGCGACCGUAUCAAUUUCAGAUCACUACUUUCAUCGUUAGCAAAACAAGGCGAGAUCUAAACCUAGGUGAGAUCGGCAAUUUCAUCUUUUCCUCCUUCGAAAUCAAUCGUCCCUGUAAGACGAUUACUGAGGCAUCCGAAAGCCGAUAUGAACAAGUAUUUCGAUAUAUCAAAUUGGACGCGUUAAACAACGAAGAAGAAAAAGUAGCGAAAAGCACGAUCAAAACUUGUUUCAUUAGCCGGGAGAUAAACUCACUCAUAUCGAUUCGAUUCCAGUAUCAGUAAAGCAGUAUCAAUUUCCCCCGAUCCACAAAAAAGAAGCAAGCAAACAGAUCGACGACCUUAUUAAAAACGAUGUGAUACGACCAUUGAUAUUAUUUCAUACUUCUUUGUUAUGAAUCGUUCCUAAAAAGCCAAAUUCGGACGAUAUACUGAUUUACUCAAAUUCUUUAGACGAGCACAUAACAAAUUUAAGAAGUUAUCGGAUAGGCUAGAGAAAGCAGGCUUAAAAUUACAACUCGAUAAAUGCAAACCUCUGCGUAGAGAAGUGGCUUAUCUGAUCAGCGCCACGGAGGUGAAACCCAAGCUGGAAAAAAUAAAAGCUGUAAAAGAAUUUCCAAGACCCAGGAUCUCCAAAAAUGUUAAACAAUUCUUAGGACUCGCAGGUUACUAUCGACGAUUUAUCUCCAACUUCUCGUCUAUGAGUAAAACCUCUUACAAAUCUUUUAAAGAAAGACGUGCCUUUCAAAUGGGAAGAUAUAUAGGAAAGGGUCUUCAACUAUUUGAGAGAUCUUUUGUGUCAGAAACCUUUGUUACAAUACCCUGAGUUCACGAAACCAUUCGUCGUCACGACCGACGCAUCGAAUUACGCGAUAGGAGGCAUUCUUAGCCAAAGCGAAAUAGGCAAUAGCAUGCAUGCACCUCAAGUUUUCUAAACCAAGCAGAACAGAACUAUUCUACGAUAGAAAAAGAAUUAUUAACCAUCGUAUAUACACUAAACUAUUUCAGGCUGUACUUAUACGGAACUGUACUUAUACUUUUUUUUAGUCUUGUUACCGAUCAUAAAUUCUUCGCCUGGUUAAACUCCGUGAAAGAUCGCACGUCUGCAUUAAUUAGCUGGCGACUAAACUCGUUAAAUAUGAGUACAGUAUAUAAUUUACAAAACAGGAAAGCGUAGCGUGAACGUGGUCGCCUUAUCGAGGAAUUCGGUAGAAUCAUAUAAACAAAUAUUUCUUGAUAGUCAGCAUCAGCAGAGCGAUAACUGUAUAUAACUAGAGAUAGAUACUUGAAAUCUCGAAAAAUCUCUUGAAAAAAGAUCAAGAUAGGAUCGAAGAGGUAAACGCAAAUAGUUUCGAGGAUACUAAAGCACGUGCAAUCGGAAACGCGAACAAUAACAGAAUUGACGACGAAGAUGAGAUUUCGUCCGGUGAAAACGACUACACGCAUAUCGAUAGCCCUCUCAUCGAAAUCCGAGAUCGCGUAAUCAUGUACGCGAAUGAAUGAGAGAAGAAAUCGAAGUGAAAGAAUGAGCUGAUAACGGUAAAUUACCAUUUACCGAUUUCCGAAAUUACGCUCGGGAGAGUAAAAGUUACAAAGCGUAAUGAAAAACAUUUUAUAGCACUACCCGUCAAGGAAAGAAUAUUGGCAUUGAUGCAGUUAGAGAUAUUAGACGAAGUCUUGCAUUCUCUUCUUGACGCGACUCUGAAAUUAUGAUUGAAAACAAUAACCAUAUCUAGAGAACCAGUGGACGACGUACUCGGGAUCAACGUAAAAUCCAAACUUCGUUCAAUUUUCUCGGGCAGUCAAAGAAAAAUCUUAAUUUUGAAACAUGAAAUAAUCAUAUCCAAGAAAAUCGAACGAACUUGGAUCAUUCACGAAAAUUAUGCGAUUCAUAAUGCGGACAUAAAGGAAUUACUAAAACAUAUAUUGAAAUAAGAGAGAAGUUCUUCUGGUCAAAAUUAAAAAUAGAGAUUAAAAACAAAAUUAUAUACAGAACUGCCGAAACUGUCAGAGGAAAAAGCUUAUGAGAUUAAAAAUGCGCGUGUACUAUGCGGGUGUCUGGAUUCAGCAUGAUGAUUACCGACACUUCGGGGAAAGCGUUCGACAAAAUCUCAAUGGACAUCGUAGGUCCUUUGCCCACUACUGUAACGGGAAACAAUUAGAUUCUAACUAUUCAAGAUCUUUUAACGAAAUAUUCAUUAGCCAUAUAAUUACCACAAGCUUCUUCGAGCGAGAUAGCCGACGCUUUUAUAAAACAUGUCAUUUGUCGUUUUGGCGAACCCAAAGGAGUCUUAAUCGAUCAAAGCACGAAUUUUCUGUCAGAAUUAAUGAAAGCCGUAACUAAAAAGUUUAAAAUAAAUCAGUAUCAAACAAGUGCAUAUCAUUUUCAAUCGAAAGAGUCGACAGAGAAAUCGUAUCAUGUACUAACGGAAUUUUUAAACACUUUAUAUCUGACAAUAACGAUUGGAACAACUGGCUAGAGUAUACUAAGGCACGCAAUACAUGCCACAUGAGCAGCCCAUCUUUGGUCAGUUAGCCAGAACGCUAAAUGUCUUUUUCAUAAAUAAUUUACGAACUGAAACUUAUGCAUAUUAUUUAAAAGAAUUAACGAGCAAUUAAACAAAUCUCAAAAAGCCACCAGACAUAAUUUAAACUAAGCGAAAGAAAGAUCAAAAGAGUAUUACGAUAAAAGAAAAGGAUUAGUAGAUAUCUAGACAGGAGAUCGUGUAUAUCUCCUAAAGGAAAUUCGAUACUGAAUACUUAGAAUCUUAUCAGAUCAUAUCUGUAUUAAGAAAAAAUAAUGUAAAGAUUCAAAUGAAUUCAGGCACCCACAUGGUACAUGCGCAUCGUCUAAGGUCAGAUAAAUCAAACGCCGAUACAAUCGUCUCAUGGAGAUCAUAUGACCGAUAGACGGUUCAAGUAAAGCGCAGCAUGGCGCAUUAUUCGUUCUCCUUUCCAUGCGACGAUCGAUAAGGAAGAUUCCCAUCAUUCCGCUAGUUAGUAAGUUAGGAUUUAAGUAACGCGAAUAUAACUCCGAACAUCAUUCGCUUAUCGACUUUUAGAUUAAAACCAUUAAGCGAAAAUGAAGAUUGUAAUUUUACUUACUUGUGAAACGUGGCGAAUGCGUUAAUUGGAUUCGACUGUACCUAUAUCUCUUUCAACGUAUCAACUUUUUCUUUAUUGGACGUAGUAGAAUGUGAAGUACCCAACCUACAGCCGAUCAAUAGUACAAUUUUUAUACAAAUUGUUACAAACAUCAGAUUACAGUAAAGUAAAGAUGUGCAAUGCCAUAUAGAAAUCAAUAGGACACUCAUACAUUUCUAUAUCGCAUACGGAUGAAGGGAAUAUCUAUAUUCCGUCACCUAUCAUCAGCUAUGUCAACAAUUGCACACGACGGAAGCCUUUCAUUAGGGGCAAACAUCUUUCUAUCGAGGUUGAAGAAAAAUAAUACGGACACACGAAUCCUUACUCUUAGUGGCACUGUUCCACGAAUGGUACCUGCAAAGGAUCUCGAUAUAGCAACUCAUAUGGCACCUGGGACGACAUAGUCAUUCAAGCCUCUGUAAAAAUUACGUUACGCGACUGUGAUAUACCGCCGCCAAACCACAGAAUAAUCAGAUUCUACUAAAAUCCGAAAUCACCUGCGUUUUAAAUGAAGAGCAUUGCAUUGAUACGGAUGAUAAUGAGAGCUAUUGAUCUGCUAUACCAAGCGACAUUGCGGUUUUAACGAGUACGAUUUCUCUACGAAGGACCAGCGGUAAAAUUGAUCCCUACAGUACCGAUGGAAGGUUCCACGUGGUAGAUAAUAACCAUCAAAGAUGUUACCUUCAUAUUUACUCGUACGAGCGAAUUCGCUCUCUGUGGACAAUUCUCAGACAUUCUACGUCACAACAGACACACUAAUCAUUCAAAGAGAAAGCAGAUCUAAAACCUCCAUAGAAAAUCUAGACAUAUUCGCUUACGUUAAAAAUUUAUAUACGUAGAACGAUAUAUAAAAACAUAGUUAACUACGCAAUACGUAGAUAUCAUAAAAUUUAUUCUAGAACAGCAAGUACUAGAAAACGUGCUUUCGUUAGUAUUUAUUGCUUCAGACGAAAUGGCCUAUUUAGUAACGACAAAACCAGGAUAUAUGGCAAUUGUAGCAUCGGAAGUCAUUCCUUUAAUCAAAUGAGUUGCAAUCGAAGUAAAAAUACGGCAAAUAGAAGACUGUUACAGAGAACUACCUAGAACAUACGAAAAUAAGUCGUACUUUUUAACUCUAAAAACACGAAUAAUAUUGAAGGAAGGUUCACCAACGGAUUGCAACGAGUUGUUUCCCAACAUGUACAAUUUACAAAGUACAUAAUAUCGAAUAACACCGAAACUCGUGGAAUCGAUAACCCCGCGAAAGAUACAAUCUCUAACUAAACCCAGUUAGGGGUACAUCGUUCCUGAACACCUGGGAACGAACAGAACUUAUUCAAAUGAAGACUUUAACAAAUUACGAUCGCGCAUCAUGGAACCAAUAGAAAAACGCAUCAUCCUCGACACAUUUGCCAUAGG